CGAAGCCUCUCAAUCUUCUGGGCGUCAUUCGGCACGGUGGGCUUAGAGAACUUCCAGCUGGCUGGCAUCAAGAGUUACACUCGCUUCUCCUCAUGUUUGGCUCUUACUCCGUGAUCAACGUCAUUGUGCUGCUGAACCUGCUCAUCGCUAUGAUGUCCAACUCUUAUGCUAUGAUUACCGAACACUCUGACGUUGGAUGGAAGUUCGCCCGAACGCGUCUCUGGAUGAGCUACUUCGAUCAGAGCGCGACGUUGCCUCCCCCUUUCAACAUCUUUCCCCCCCUAAAACUGCUGUUAAAGAUGCUGGGUCUGAGGAAGAAGGAUCAACAGGCGAAAGAAAAGGACUAAAGGGGACGAAGUCAC